AUGUUGAAGUUUCAACAAUGGAUGGUCGUCAAUCGUCAAAUAUUCUAUUAUGAAAAUUUAACAAAUCCUUGCUCAAUUAUAAUUGAUCGACGUGCUGAUGUUCGAUUUUUAUUUUCAAUAGAUUGGAGUAAAAAUUCUCGUAUUGAACGUUGUAAUAUGGAUGAUCAGCAACAUCUUGGUAUUACGAAUGAUUCUAUUCAAAUGCUAUUAGGUUUAACAUUUCAUUUAAUAUGUGAAGAAAUUCAUUUUAUAGAUCAUCAUUUAAUCUCUUUAAAACUUAUAUCUUUAUUGAAUAUUAUCAAAAUGAAAUAUGAAUCAUAUGAAAAUUUCACAUUAAGUUUAUUAACCAUAAAUAUGAAAUUUGUCGAAUUAAUUUCAAUAAUAUUAAUGAAACGAGCUUUUUUUUGUGAUGACGAAAUAUUAAUUGAUAUGGAAGCAGAUACCAUGCAACUCGAUACUGUUCUAUGUAAUCUAUUUAUUGUUGAUAUUUGUCAUAGUCAUAUUGAUGUUAUAUCAUUGAAUGGUCAAUAUUGUACAAUAAUAUAUAGUAAUCAUGAAAAUGAAACUGGUAUCACACGUUCAAUUGCACUUGAUCUUGAUACAGUGAAUGGAUAUAAUUCUCGAAAUACGAAAGUUUUUGAUAUUGGAAUAACUUUUCCAUGUGAUUUUGAUUUUCUUACACAUUUACUUUCUCGAAUAUUAUUAUCAUCAAGAACAAUAAAUGAAAAUAAUGAUAUAACAUCAACAUACUAUUCAUUACUUUUUGUUGAUAAAGAUUUAGAAAGUGUUUAUAAAAAAUAG